UUAAAAUCAAGGACCGUUAUCCAUGGUCAGAGCCUUCUGUCUCCCACCCACCGACGCCACCCAAUCUUCUCAUCGAAAACCCUUCCUCUGGACUCUCUCGCUCUGUGCAUUUCAAUUAAUCCCUUACUUUUCAUCCUCUCUGCCCCCUCUCUCAAAUCAAUUACAGAACUUCAUUUUCCUUGUUUAGAAUCCUCAUAUCUCGUUAAAUCUUUCGAUUAAUUAAUGGCUUCGAUCAAAACUGGCCAUAGCCCGGUCAAUUUUAAUGUCUCUUCCGCUUCAACAGCAGAUCCGGGGCAGGGGAACCCUCCGUCGAAUAAUUUAUGGAUUGGAAACGUUUCAGGUGAAGUGUCCGAGUCGGAGUUGAAAACGCUUUUCGAAAAGCACGGAAAAAUAGAUAGCCUGACUCUGUACCCCGGCCGGAACUACGCCUUUCUGUACUUCAAGGACAUCGAGGCUGCCAAAGCUGCUAAACAGCGCCUACAAGGAUACGUCCUCCGUGGUAUCCCGUUGAAAAUCGAGUUCGCUAAAUCGGCUAAACCAUGCAAGAGUUUGUGGGUGGCUGGUAUCAGCCAAUCUGUCUCUAAAGAAGAACUGGAGAAGGAGUUCUCAAGAUUUGGUAAAAUACAGGAGUUUAAGUUUCUCAGGGACCGAAGCACGGCAUAUGUUAAUUAUAUCCGAUUGGAAGAUGCUUCUCAAGCAUUGAAAAGUAUGAAUGGGAAACAAAUCGGCGGUGAUCAGAUUCGUGUGGAUUUUCUUAGGUCACAUUCUUCUAGAAGAGAGCCGAGUUCAGAUGUAAGAGAAGGCACAUUCCCUGGCAGGAACAUGGGGCCGUGGAUGGCACAAGAUUCCAUGCAAAACUACACUGACCCCAACCUAAUUGGGUCCAUGACGGAACAUCAAUUCCUUUCUCCAGGUGCUCGACAAGGAGACUUACAACUUACUAAAGUCCUAUGGGUAAGUCACCCGCCUUCUGUUAUUCUUGAAGAAGAAAUGCUUCACAAUGCCAUGAUACUAUUUGGGGAGAUUGAGUGGAUAAAGAUACUCCCUGAGAGGCACUGUGCCUUUGUCGCAUUUAGAAGCGUUGAAGAAGCUAGACGUGCAAAAGAGGGAUUAGAAGGCAAGCUCUUCAAUGAUCCCAGGAUUUCAAUUGAGUAUUCACGAAGUGAACCAUUGCCCGGAAAAAGUUACACCAGUCAUUAUCCUGGAAUGAAAAAGCAUGUUCAGGACCUUCCAUUUCCACCUGUUCAGAUGGACGUUCUUCGACACAACCUCCCAAUCUUAGCCAAUAACAAUCCUGGACAUCUAGGAUCCCUCGGAAUUCGUGGACCUGAUAUAUAUACGAGGCCCUUGGGUCUUCACACUACCUUUGAGCCUGCUCUUACACAUCCAGAGUUUGUUGACAUGGCGGAUUUGCAUAAAUUGCAGAACCCUAGUCCCCAUGCUUUGUCUGGGGGACCAAAUUGGAGAAGAUUGUCUCCCACACCUGCGUUUGUCCCUUCUCCUUCAGCAGUUUUAAAACCAUCAAAUAGAUCUACUUCUGAUUCAUGGGACGUGUUUGAUGCUAGUCAGCUUCAAAGAGAAUCGAAAAGAUCAAGGGUUGAUGUCCCUCUCCCAGCUUAUGAUGCUUCUUUUCCUCUUAAAAGAACAGAACGAGGAGGGUCGGAUGAUCAAUAUGUGAUGGGUAAACUCAGUGCUGGCGGAGCAUCUGGUUCUUCAGUAAGGGUCACAACGAGUGGACUUGGACAGCGCCAUACUGAGAGUGAUUACAUAUGGCGUGGAAUAAUUGCGAAGGGUGGAUCACCUGUCUGUCAUGCUCGCUGUGUUCCUAUAGGAGAAUGGGUUGGUUCUAAGAUUCCUGAAGUGAUUAAUUGCUCUGCAAGGACUGGAUUGGAUAUGCUAAGUAAACACUAUGAUGAUGCAAUUGGAUUUAACAUAGUGUUCUUCUUGCCCGAUAGCGAAGAAGAUUUUGCAUCGUAUACGGAGUUUCUGAGAUAUCUGGGCUCCAAAGACAGGGCAGGUGUUGCAAAAUUUGAUGAUGGCACCACUUUGUUUUUAGUGCCUCCAUCUGAUUUCCUUUCUAAUGUUCUUAAAGUCGCUGGCCCUAAACGUCUUUAUGGAGUAGUAUUAAAAUUUCCUCAAGUUGAACCGGGUAUAUCGUCCAUUAACACCCAGGUGCUUCAGCCUCCAUAUAUGGAUUCACAAGAACCGACUUCCUUGCACACUGGAUAUACGAUGAUGCCCCAGGAGAAAAAGGUUGUUGAGAAGGACUAUCCUAAGGGUUUUAAUGAAGAUUCAGAAGUUCCUGCAAAUACAUCUGUUCUGUUGACAAGUAAUUCUUUUCCUGCACGAUCUGUUCCGCCAAUGAAUGCUGCAGCAGCAUCCCCAGCUGGAGUAUCUUUGACACCCGAACUUAUUGCUACUCUUGCAUCUUUUCUACCUGCCAAUAGUAGUUCUUAUUCAGAAAUUGCACCAUUACCUGUAACAUCCUCUAAGCAAGAUGGGUCUACAUCAAAAGUUGUUGCUGUUCAUGAUACUGAGAUGGCACAUUGGACACACGAACAUCAGUCUUUGGAGCAAACAGGUCGUCUUAUGCAACAGCUGGGUAGCCAAUUCACCAGCCACUCGCAACUCCCUCAAGCACAAUCUGCAUCUGUAGUAUCAAAUAUGCAAAACCCUUUUCAUCAAGGGGCCACAGAUUAUGGCCAAAUCCAUGGUGGCAACAUGAGUUUGCCACCUCAAGGGACUGUUGCAUCUAGACCAUUGGUCUCUGUCCAUCCUUCUCAAAGUGGAUCAGUUGGGGUACCGGAUGUUGAUCUACAGUAUCAACCAGGAAGUUCUCAGGAUGCUUUGAUAGGCCACAGGGUGGAUCAUGGAACUGAUGCGUUAAGGUUGUAUAAUACUUCAACAAUUCAGCAACAUAUGUAUCCCAUUCCAUUAUCCAAUCAGGUUCAGGACGCUGGUGUUUCCCAGCCGCAUUUCAUGCCACAAGCUUCUCAAUUCGAGCACACAAAUCAAGGUCAGCAGCUUCAGUCUGCUCCUUAUGCAGUGGCUCAGGGAAGCGCUGAAUCUGAGGCCGAUAAAAAUGAGCGCUACAAGUCAACAUUGUUAUUUGCAGCCAAUCUUCUUGCUCGGAUACACCAGCAACCAGGUAAUCAAGCUGGGCCAGGUGCAGGGAGUCAAUAAGAAGAUAUUCUUCAUCAGGUAAGUGCACUUUCUUUGGUUAGUUUGCUAUUUUGCUAAAUUAUGGCAAUGUUUCUGAUAAAUUACUUGCGUAAAUUGCACAUCUGCCAUGAUCAUUAUUUGUUGUUUCUUCUUCAUCUUCCAUGCUCUAUUAUUUGGGUGUUUGAUAGAUUUUAAUAGAAUAGAGGGGCUAGAAUGGUAAUAUGAAUACUUUUGACAAAUUUUCUACAAGGUCGCUAAAGUUUUCUGAGACGUUUAACAUUCUGUUUUGGUGGUCUAAAACAGGGUGUGGGGAGGGUGAGUUGAUUCAUAACAAAAGAGUAAUAUCUAAAUUUCUGAAUCAGUGGAAGGUAUGUUUAUGGUAUCUAACAAUAUUGCUUUGGUGUUUUCGAGAGAGUCAGAAAGUUCUUUUGAAAUUCAAAGAGUCCCAAUUUCUGGGGGUUGUAAUGCCUCCUUUUGUGUUGUGAGGAUGGCCACUAGUGAUCGAAUGUUGAGCUGAACAUUGUUCUUUGGAGUUUUGAAUAGCGAGGUGAUUAGUUGAAUAUGAAACACCUUUGGAGUUUUGAAUAGCGAGGUGAUUAGUUGAAUUUGCAACACCUUUUAUAGGUCUUACGAAUUUAGUAGUUCAAUCUAAGUGAAGAUAGGAUGUUAGCUGGACGAAAUGGUCAGAAGGCUAGAAGUAAUGUCUUGGUUUCCAUAAUUCAUUAGGCAAAUAAUGUUACGAUUCUGGUUCUCCCAGCAUUCCUUCAUUUGUGGGUCUAACACUCUUUAACUGGCUAUUUAUUAAAACUACUUUUCAUCCUUAAUGAUCAGGCGUCAAUUCAAUGUGUGCACAAAAGUGUCUUAAAUUAUCUAGAAGUGGAACUUGCACAAUUUGCUGUAAGCUAACCAUGGCAUUCUCGGGGAUGUGCAUGUGAAUAUAUGCAAUCAUCCUGUCUAUUGUCUAGUGGACUUGCUGCUUUACAUCUCCAUUGUUUGGAGAAGACCAGCGAUUAACUUUCAUGGAGGCAGUGUCUGUCAUAUGGAUAAUAUAUUGCGCAUGUGAUAUUCUAUUUACAGAUCACGUGUGUAUCAUUCAACAAUGUUGAUAUGACAUAGAUCUAGUUUAUUACAUCAGCAUGUGAAUGUUCUGAGGAUUGAUUGGUUAAGAAUUCAUUGAGCUCUGAACAAUCUGUAUUUUUUCCUUAUUUUCCAUGGGAUGUGGACUCUGAUGACGCAUGGAUGUGCCUGCCUGGUGCAUGUGUAUCUUUGGGAAUAAAUUUUUUGCUUCCAUGACAAUGCCCAUCUCAUUUGACAGGCUAACAUGCUGGGACGACCAUUAGAAAUUGAAUACUAGUAUUAGUUUGUAAGACUUAGAAUCGAAUCAUCCACUGCUAAGCAGUUUCUGUUCUUAAGAUCCUGAUUACUGAAUUAGGUGUAACUUAAUGGAUUAAGUCCUUGUAGGCUGCAGUAGUGUUUUGGAGUGAUUGUUUUUAGGCAUUGGGACAGCAUUAAUAUGUUAGUAUGUGAAGAGCUUCCGAGGACUGCUCUAAAGGGGUGAUUUUUGGGGUAUGGACAUUUGUAGGAUGAGGUUAUGUUUCUUAAGAGUUACCUAAUGUUUCGAUUUGCUUAUUUGACUAUGCAUAAUACUUAUCAUUGAAGUGUUAUGUUAAUCAUCUCUAUAUUUGUGAUAAUUCAUUCGAACUGCACACUAGUUUAUUUUCUUGAAAAUAUACUUUGUUACUUCCCUUCCACUAAUAUAAAAAAUAUGACAGCUGCAUAUUCGGUAUGCUGCUUCAUUUUUGUGAGUAUUAUCCUACAUUUUCUUGCAAUUAGUUAUUCUUAGGUGAGCUUUAUUAGCCUCUAUUCAGUUUGUAACUUAAAUUUAUAAUUGUGCUUUACAUACAUUUUCACCCCAAAAGGUCGAGAAUUUGCUCAAAUAAUUUUAAAUUCGUUCUACGUGAAUAGUCCAAAUGUGAUCAAGGUAUAACCAAGUAAUAUACUACAAGAUUCCGUUGAAAUAUACAAACCAAGAUACUUACAAUACAAUAGGGUGAAUUCAUUAUAUAUCUGAAGAUCAUUGAUCUGGGAAGUUAUUGACAAGCUAAUACUCGGUGAUUUAUACCUGACUAGCAAAUACAGGUGGAGGUUGUGUUCUUGGUCAACAAAUCAGGCUUUUCUAAUCGUUAUUCCCUAGAAAAAUAAAAA